AUGGACAUCGGCUCCACCCAUGGAACUUUCCUGGGCAGGGAAAAAUUGAGCCCACGGGUACCCCGGGAGUGGCGGCCUGGCACGGUGGUCUUCUUCGCUGACCGGGACACCGAGUCUUUCAAACUGCAGCCUGGAAGGGCCCGCAGUGGUCUUAGUCCUGCAGCUCGGGCAGUGCUUGCGGCCGCUCCCACGCCAGCCGUGACGACCGCGCCGCUUGCCGUGCAGCCGACGCCGGGGCGCCCGAGGGGCAUCGCGAUGGUGGUGGCCGGUGCACUCGCGACAGGGGGCUCGCGGCGCGGCUGCCCACGGGCCGGCGGCACGGCCCCCAGCGCCAGCGCAGCGUCCGCCAGCAGCGCGGCGGAGGGCGGCUCUGCAGCGCUCGGCGCUGGGGGCCGCGGCCCUGUCUCGGCGGCAGAGGCGCCGCCGGCUGCCCCUGGCGGCCAGGGGCCCGCCGCAGAGGCCCUGUACCCCGGGGACUGGAGGGUGCCCGCGGACGGCCUCUCCGGCCUGCUGGGCUGGGACGCGGCGCGUGCCGCGGCGGCCCGCGGAGCGCCGGCGCCCGCGGCCGCAGAGCGGCCGGCCGCCGCGGAGGCGGCCGAGGGCGCGGCUGGGGCUGGCGGACUGCGGGCGUUGGCGGCCGCCCGAGAGGAGGAGGCACGGGUCGUGCUGCAGGAGCAGGUGAGGCUCCUGGAGGAGCUCGAGGAGCAGCGGAAGAGAGAGGAGGAGCGUGCGCAGGCGCAGGCGGCCCAGCAGAGGAGAGGCACGUUCCAGCACACUGUCACGGAGGGUGUCCAGAAGCAUCAGGGCAUUGGUUGCCAGCAGGAGCGGCUCGGAUCGGAUAGAGCAGGCGUGCGUCAGCGAGCCGUUCAAGAUGACGAGAAAAUCAUCGAUGCAUCACAAAAGGCCCCUGUAGGCGUUACUCAAUGGUUCCAGUCUGCAGAUGAAGUCUCGUGUGGGUAUCUGGAGCGUUCAAAAGAUAGCGUGGACCAUGUUGCACUAGAUAUUUAA